AUGUCUCCCCCACCAGCAUCUUUGAGUGUGCCAGUCCAUAGUCAGUCAGUACAGUUAUCACCAGUUCAGAUUCAAGACAUGAUUGCACAGAGGGUUGAUCAGGCUAUUGCUUCUAGGAAGUCUGGAGAUUCUGUUAGUAGAGGUCGCCCCUACCCGGUAGAGUAUGAGCGGGAGCCUUACCCCGCUGGUUUUGUUCCUCCACAUUUUCGAGUUUUGGAUGGGUUUGGGAACCCAAGACAACAUGUGGCUCAGUAUCGGGCCAUAUGUUGUAACAUUGGAGGAAAUGAUGCUUUGAUGCUUAGACUGUUUAUUAGUAGUUUAGGGGGAGUGGCAUUUGAGUGGUAUGCCGAUCUCCCUAGCAAUUUAGUUAGCACUUUUGCUGAGAUGGAGCAGCUAUUUAUGCAGAGGUUCAUUAGUACAGAGCAUAGAGUGACUGUUGGUGAGUUGGUAGAGACCAAACAGCGCCCCCAUGAGUCUCUACCUAACUAUAUAGUUAGGUGGAGAAACCUUAGUCUUCAGUGUGAACCUCAACUGCAAGAGCAGCAUGCAGUUGAGAUUCUGUUGAAGAACAUUGAUGGUCCCAUUGCUCCUUAUCUGAAAGGCAUCCGAACCUUUUAUAAAUUCUUAACUAAAGUCACUAUCCUGCAGGACAGCAUACCCAGUGCAGUCCCUCCUAAGGUUGAGAGUCAACCCCCAGUAGACCUCAGCGUUUGGAGUUUUUCGGGGUACCACCUCCUAGAAAGGGAGAGGUUCAUAGUACUUCUGAUGCUCUUGAUAGGGGCAAGAGGCCCAUG